CACCAAACUGCGACGUGCUCGGGAUUCGAUCCGCCCAAACCAACAAACUCUAGUCCAUCGUAUCAACGUCCGAUUCAUCGCCGGAUACUAUCGGACUCCGACGAACACCGGACACGGCGGAGAAUAACCUUCCAGAAUCAUCUCGAUUAAAAUUCGAUCAUGGAGCGACUCCAGUCACUGCCCCCACCUUCUCACCUCUCGCACUCCGCACUCUCCUUCCUCGACCACAAGUUUCACACCGCAACCGUCCUCGCCGAGUCUCCAAACUUCGUCGCCGAGCUUCAAACUCAAUGCUCCGAGUUGGAUCGGGCUCUUGACGAGUUGACUCGGAGACUCGGAGCGGGUCUUUCAGCGUACGCCUCGUUCUCAGGUGAAAUCCACAGCCUCUUCGACGGUGUUAAUGCUAAGUUGAACGACCUAUCCUCCACGUGCUCUUCCGGCAUUGUAACCGAUGGAGGAAAAGGCGAAAGAGAUGGUAAAGGUGGAAAAGGUUUCAGAGAGGAACUUGCGACUUUGGCGAAGGAAGUUGCUAGGUUGGAGACUGUUCGUGUUUAUGCAGAGACAGCACUGAAACUUGAUACUUUGGUUGGUGAUAUUGAAGAUGCUGUUUUGAAUACCAUGAGCAAAAACAUAAGGAGGCAUUCUUCUGACAGUAAUUCAGAAGAUAUGCGUAUAUUUGCUAUUAAAACACUUAAAAUGACAGAAGAAGUAUUGACUUCAAUCACAAAGGUACACCCUCAAUGGAAGCAUCUUGUAUCAGCAGUUGACCAUAGAGUAGAUCGAGCUCUAGCCAUUUUAAGACCCCAGGCGAUUGCUGAUUAUCGGGCACUUCUCGCUUCGCUUGGAUGGCCUCCACCUCUUUCUGCUUUAACUUCCUCGCACUCAGAUGCAAGGAUUUCAAAUCAAGUCUUGAAUCCUCUACAAAGCAUGCAAGCUGAUCAUAAGCUCAAGUACUCAGAAAAUUUUCUUGCUUUGUGCAGUUUGCAAGAGUUACAAAGGAAAAGGAAAUCUAGACAACUCGAGGGCCAUGAUAGGGAGGUUGCCCUACGACAACCACUUUGGGCAAUUGAAGAACUUGUGAAUCCCCUAUCAUUGGCUUCCCAACGGCAUUUCUUAAAAUGGGUUGAUAAGCCAGAAUUUAUUUUUACUCUCGUGUAUAAGAUCACAAGGGAUUAUGUUGACACUGUGGACGAAAUGUUGCAGCCAUUGGUUGAUGAAGCUAAGGUGGUUGGAUAUAGUUGCCGCGAAGAAUGGAUCUCAGCAAUGGUAACCUCCUUAUCCACAUACUUUGCAAAGGAAGUUUUCCCUAGUUACAUUUCUCAACUAGAUGAGGAGAGUGUUACAGGUAUUCAAUCAUCCGCUAGAAUAUCAUGGCUGCAUCUCAUUGACUUGAUGAUAGCUUUUGACAAAAGAAUUAUCUCUAUGGUAGAGCAUUCUGGGAUUUUGUUAUCCCUUGAUGAUGAUAUCUUGCAGAGAAUUUCUUCUCUAUCUGUAUUUUGUGAUCGUCCAGACUGGCUUGAUCUGUGGGCAGAAAUAGAACUAGGUGAUGCCCUAGAUAAGUUGAAACCAGACAUUGAAAAUGAGAAUAAUUGGAAAAAGAAAAUUGAAGGUGUAGCUCUUUCAUCAUGUACUGAUGAUCACAAGUCUCCUCUGGUUUCCAGUGCCUUUGUUCGCCAUCUAGCAUCUGUUGUUGAACGUUGUCGGUCAUUGCCUAACGUUACUUUGAGGUCAAAAUUUCUCAGAUUAGUAGGCUUGCCAAUUAUAAGAAAAUUCAUUGAUUCCAUACUUAUCCGCUGCCAAGAAGCUGAAGGAUUGACUGCCUUAACUGAUGAUGAUGCUUUAGUUAAAGUUGCAAUUUCCGUCAAUGCUGCUCAUUACUUCGAAUCUGUUUUAAAGGAAUGGUCUGAGGAUGUCUUUUUCCUUGAGAUCGGGGUGAAUGAGGAUGACAAAGUGGAAUUACAGAGUAAUAUAAAUAGUGAUGGUGAAGGGUUGCCAGAGAGUUCAAACAGAGUUGUAUUUGAUGAUGAGAUCAAAAAGUUGGAAGAUUUUAGAACAGAGUGGGUUGAAAAGAUAGCUGUAGUUAUUUUGAGAGGAUUUGAUGCUCGAUCUCGGGAAUAUCUGAAGAACAAAAAACAAUGGCAAAAGAGUGAAGAAGGAUGGACAGUGUCAAAGACUCUAAUAGAAGCCUUAGAUUAUCUGCAAGGUAAAAUGUCGGUGGUAGAAGAAGGUUUGAAUAGUAGGGAUUUUGUUGGGGUUUGGAGAAGAUUGGCAGCCGGAAUAGAUCAGUUAAUUUUUCACGGUAUUCUCCUUAGCAAUGCGAAAUUUCAUAAUGGGGGUGUUGAAAGAUUUGGUAGUGACUUAGAUGUAUUAUUUGGGGUAUUUGGUGCAUGGUGUUUGAGGCCCGAAGGUUUUUUUCCAAAUGCAAAUGAAGGUCUUAAGUUGUUGAAGAUGGACGAAAAGAGAGUUCAAGAAUGUAUGAUAGGAGGGAAGAGAUGGUUGAAGGAGAAUGGGAUCAGGCAUUUAAAUGUCUCUGAAGCAGAAAAGAUUUUGAAGAAUAGAAUAUUCACCAGUUGAAGCUUUUACCUUACUGUUUUUUGAACAUGCAUAGUAGAGAUGGCAUAAGGAUGUGUGAAAAUUUAGAGGGAGUUCUUUAGACCAGAUGCACUAAUUCAAUUUUGCAAAUUUGGCAAUAAAAAAAAAAAUUCUCCAUUUAGAAUGAGUGGUUAUUGCCUUAUAAAUCACAUACCUCAAAUUUGGGGAAAAAUUAUACUGUAAAUUUGCCAUCAGGAUUAUGGAAAACUAUUCUCCCCAUUCAUGUAAUUUAUCAAUUUUUUUUUCACUGGAGUUUGAAUUUUUGAAAUCAAAAUGGGCCUUGUGAUUGUUCAGCUUAAA